GUUACAACUCCAGCAGAGCAGCAGACCCUAGACACCAUUUUAAUUAAGGAUGAAGAGGAUAUUGUUGGUGGCAUGCUCUCUGUAGAAGACUACGAAUACAUUGGAGGCCGCAGCACACAGAGAGGUGCCAACUCGGAGAGACUGCAUGUGGACGCCCCUGGCUCCUCCCACAUGUCCAGUCACAACGGGGAUCUGCGGAUCCUAAGUGUCCAUGGAAAAGGGGAGGGCCCACUGGCGGGGGACGGCCAUGACACCCUCUUCACCGUGUCUGAACUGGAGGCCCUGAGCUCGCUGUCCACGGACAACAGCGCGGCCAAGAGCCUGGACUGCGGCGAGCGGCAGGUCCAUCGUGAGGAGCGGACUAGGCAUCUGGGCGGCCGCAAGGGCCGGCCCUGUGUCGUGUGUGGCAGGGUGUUUCCCAACAAUGCCAAGAUGACCAUCCACAUGCGUACCCACACCGGCGAGAAGCCCUACGGGUGUGACCAAUGCAUGAAGCGCUUCCAACAGAAAGGCAACCUGAAGAUCCACAUGAGGAUUCACUCCGGGGAGAGGCCCUUCGUGUGUCUGCAGUGCAACGCCAGCUACAGCGACUCCAGCAAUUUGCGUCGCCACAUGAUGAAGCACACGGGGCACAGGAUGCUUUGAUGGACAACUCUAUUGUGUCUGUGAUGAAAUUAAUGCUCUAUCUUUUAUUCAUUACAAUUAAGGAUGCCUUCCAUUGUUAAGAUAUUUAUUAAAAAAAAAAUCGAUAUUCCUCUUUUUAUUGUUGUUAAUAAUCUAUGUCUGUGUCAUUACCCCUUAGGGCUGAUAUGGUCCCACAUUCGCACAACACAAGGGGGGGUUACGGACCCGAUACGUCCUUACGGACCCUCCUUGCGUCCACUGCCAGGGCCUGGCGUGCGCCUCCCAAAAAUUGUAACCUUCCAUCGAGGCGACGCAGCAGCAAGGGCAGUGAUUGGGCCGCUCACUAAAACCCGACGUUGGACCAUAAUCAGCCCUUAACCUUUGUUAUCACAAAUUGCCUGCAAAAUUAGAAUAGUGCAAAGUAACCCCACAUUAUACAUGAUAGUUUCCUGAUUACCCAUGGACCCCCCCCUGACUGGUUCUUGGUCCCUUUUUGUGCCACCUCAAUAAAAAAAGCUUGGAAUCGUAA